AUGGUUGACUUGUCCAAACUUCAGCCUGGGGAUAUUGUAUCCGUUUCUAGCAGGGGACUGCCACCAUGGCCAGCACACAUUGCCAAUGAAAAACUUCUAAGCCUCCCAAAUUCAAUCCAAUUGAACUCUCAUUCUGGUAUACUGAUAUUGAGUAAAAUUCCAAAGUUAUCUUUACAAUACAAGAUGAAUAAAAAACAAGAGGAAGAUCAGGUUCCAGUGGUGUUAUUUGGCGAAGACUCGCUAUCGUAUGUAGGAAUAUCGCAAAUUCUGUCACUAUCACCGGAAGUUUGUGCUAGAUUUCUUGCAAAACACCAGUCAUCGAAAACCUUUGAUCAAAAUAUAGAUAGUUCACUUCAAAAGUUGUCGAAAAUUUUGAGGGAUAAUUCUUCGAAUCCUCCAGAAAUCAAGGUCCCUAAAAAUCAUUGUUUUGAUCUUUCCUCGAACAAUUGUAAUAAGAAUCAAGAUACCGAAACCGUUUAUGAAGAAUUCUCUAAUGUGGAAAUAGGGGAAAGCUAUCUGGAAGAUAUUAUCCUUGAAAAGAUUGAAGAAGGCUCGAAUGACGAAAUAAUAUCGUCACUACUAUCUACAACGGUUUCCAAGACCCCGGUUUCAGGUGAGAAGAAAAAUAGUAGAGAUAUAUCCAUGGGCAAUGAAGACAAAUCAAACGAGUAUUCUGAUAUACCCAAGAUUCUUGAUGACUGCCCAGUGGUUAAGGUUGAAGAAACUUCAGAUAAAGAACUUGACAUUUUGUUGACCAGUCCCUCAAAUAAGACCAGAACCAGAAUGGUGUUUCAAAUAAGGAAAAGUUCAGAGAAGGAAAAGACAAUAACGUUGCAGCAAAUACAGGAUAAGCAGCCAGUGAAAAUGAAUCAUUCAAUUGAGGGUCAGACUUAUGAUAUAACUGGAUCACAGACUCUGGUAGAGAAUGAUCCCGAAAUGACCGUCGAUAUUGAUCCUGAAACAAAACAGAGCGAGAAACUGAAAAGCACAAAUACCCAAUUGAAUGAAGCGAAUCUUAGCGGGCCUAAGGAGCGGGAAUUUGAUGACGCCAAUACCUCAGAAAAGGUUGCAGGAUCUACUGAUUUUGAUAUUGAUGAAGCAUUUUAUUUCUAUUAUGAUAAUUCUAAUGAACACGAACGCAAAUAUAUUUUAGGACCAGAAGAUGUUGAUGCUGAUAUAAAUAGGGUUUUGGAUGAGGUCUCUCGGAGUGUUAAGGCAGAAGAUGACGUAAUUCCCGAGGACACAGUUCAAUUGCUUGAAGAGCUAUAUAAUAUGAGAUUGGAAGUCACUGUGCUGGUGAUUGACCAGUAUAAGGAUCAUUUCACCGGCAAAUCGAGCAAAUUUGAACAAACCGUUCGAAAACGUUAUACUAAACAAUUCCUCGCAGGUCUUGAUGAGAAGAAUUUUUUUCAGAAAUUGAAACAGCAGCUACGAGAGUAUAGACACAGUAUAAAUCAGAAGAAACGUGCCAAGAUCAGAGGGAAAACAGCACUGCAUAGAGCAUUUGGAUCAAAAGCAACAUUACGUGAUAUGGCAAGUUUGUUACAACUAGAUGUAAUCAUUGUGGGAGAAAUCGAACAGGUCGUGAAGCAAGUUGCCAGCAAGUUGAACAUUUUGCUAUAUGGUAAAGUGGUGAGUAUUCCACAAACAAAACAGGAUCCAACUACUUUGCGUACCACCACAUGGAUACGGAAACAUCCAUUAAUUAAGAAUAGAUUGAUUGGGACAUUGAAACGGAUUUUUUGGGGGACAUUUCAGUUCGAUGGUGAAUUGAUAGAGGCAAUUGUUAGACGGGUAGCGAGAAUUACCGGCCACUACUUUAAUUACUUUUAUGCUAGAUUAUAUGAGGAUGAAACGGGAAUUCCUCCCCAACAUGUCGAUGCGGAGUUUUUUUGGAAUGCAGUGAAUCCAAUGGACCAAUAUAAUGAAGGUCACUGUAAUAUAAUUGCAGGAAACCUUGAGAGAAGAAGGAAUGCUCCGAGGAUAUCAUUGGAUAAUCUCUUAGAAAUACCACUGGGAUCUACUAAGAGACCAAAUACAAAAAAACAGGUAACAAAGAAAAUGAAAGUUAAGCUGUUAAAGUUGGUUAAUAACAAGAACAAAGAAGGAGAAGAAGUCAACAGAAACUCUUUUAAGUCAAUACCAAAAAAACUUACAUUGAAACUUAAACAAGAUCCGCCUCGCCGAAAAAUUGGGAGACCGCCAAAAAAGAAGAACUUGGAAACCAAUUUUUCGCAAAAAAAGGUUGCAAAAUCAAAUGCAUUGUCUAUUAAGAGUUCGAGACCAAAAGCUAUCCCGACCUCUAAAGACAGGAUGACUGAAAAGCCCCCCAAAACCAAUGUGGAAGUUUCUGGCAACAAGGUGGUUCUCAAAAUGAAACCGAAGACAUUGCGAAAGAUACAGAAAUCUAAUUCAAAAAUAUCCUCAAAACCUACAAAAUCUGAUCCGACAUUUUUUUCUGGAAAAAAACAGAAUCAGAAACCAAGAAGAAGAUUGGGUCAAAAACCACAACAGAACUCUCCGGAAGUAACCCAAAAAAAUCUGAAACGCAUCGAGAGACAAUUGAAAGUGGGAGCUAGAGGAAUUAUCAUACCUUUGGGACAUAAACGCAAGGAUAUUGGUCGUGAUUGCAUUACAGGAUCCAAAAGACGGAAACUUGAUAAAUUGAAGACUAGUGUCGAGAAUAUUAGAAAUCAAUAG